UAUACUUGGUCUUAUGAAAUCGCAUUGUCUGAUGGAAAUGUUAGUGGAUUCCUAAUAUCAAUACCUUAUCGUAGAACAACAUUGUUUAUCAAGGCAAGUUAUGUCAGCUCAAUAUAAAAGAUUUCUUAAAGUUCUGGAAAAGUGGCCGACGGACAAGACAAAAGUGGGCAGAUCCUUUCGAGAAACGUCAACAAAAAAGAUGUCGGGUAGCGCCAAACUGAUUUCAGGCACCGAAGUGGCCAAUGAAAUUCGUGCGUCUUUAAAACGGCAAAUUGAUGAUGUAAAGGCUAAGCUUUCCAGUUUUACACCCGGCUUGCGGAUUUUACAAGUGGGUGGGCGUGAAGACUCAAACGUUUACAUUCGCAUGAAGGUAAAGGCUGCAACAGAAAUUGGCAUUACCGUUGAACACAUAAAACUUCCAAGUACUGUGGCCGAAGUCGAUUUGCUGGAAAAGAUAACGGAACUGAACUUAGAUCCCAAUGUGCAUGGCAUUAUAGUGCAAAUGCCUCUUGAUUCUGAGACUAAAAUUGAUUCUCAUAAGAUAACCGACGCCGUUUGUCCAGAUAAGGAUGUCGAUGGGUUACAUACCGUAAAUGAGGGACGUGUUUCUAUCGGAGAUUUAAAUGGAUAUCUACCUUGUACACCAUGGGGUUGUAUUGAAUUGAUUAAACGCACGGGUGUCCAAAUUGCAGGAGCACAAGCUGUUGUCCUAGGUAGAAGUAAAAUCGUUGGUACGCCUGUGUCACAGCUGUUAAAAUGGGAGAACGCCACAGUGACCGUUUGCCAUUCCAAAACUAAAAACCUGGAGCAAAUUUGCCGUAACGCCGACAUUCUAGUCGUUGCCAUUGGUGUGCCAGAACUAGUAAAAGGAAGCUGGAUCAAACCAGGAGCUGUUGUUAUUGACUGUGGCAUUAAUGUGAAACCAGAUUCUACCAAACAAGGAAACUCGCGGUUGGUCGGUGAUGUUCUUUUUGACGAAGCAAAACAAGUAGCUUCAUUUAUUACUCCAGUUCCUGGCGGCGUUGGACCUAUGACUGUAGCCAUGCUAAUGAAAAACACUGUUCGUUCGGCUUUGUCAGCUGCUCAAAAAUUAGUACAAACCACUUGGGAUUUGGCACCGCUUACUUUACCUAAAGUUAGACCUGUACCAUCAGACAUCAUUAUUGCUAGAUCUCAAAAGCCCAAACAUAUCUCCAAUUUGGCCAAAGAGAUUGGAUUGAUAGGCAGGGAGGUUUCACUUUAUGGAGACAAAAAAGCAAAAAUAUCCUUGAGUACGGUAGACCGCUUGAAGAGUCGUUCUGAUGGUUCAUACAUAGUGGUAGCUGGUAUUACACCCACUCCCCUUGGUGAAGGUAAAAGUACAACACUGAUUGGGCUUGUUCAGGCACUUUGUGCCCAUAAGGGUCGUAAUGCAAUUGCUUGUAUGAGACAACCAUCACAAGGUCCCACUUUUGGAAUCAAGGGUGGAGCCGCUGGCGGUGGCUAUGCACAAGUCAUUCCAAUGGAUGAAUUCAAUUUGCAUUUAACGGGCGAUAUCCAUGCUGUUUCGGCAGCCAAUAACUUGCUUGCUGCCCAAUUGGAUACCCGUAUUUUCCAUGAAAAUACCCAAAAGGAUCAAUCGUUGUACGAUCGGCUGGUACCACGAAUUAAAGGUCAGCGUAAAUUUUCGAAUAUCCAACUGCGCCGUUUACAGCGGUUGGGAAUUUCGAAAACCGAUCCUGAUUCAUUAACACCAGAAGAACAAAGCCGGUUUGCCCGUUUGGAUAUCGAUCCCGACACAAUAAUGUGGGAACGUGUCAUUGAUAUUAACGAUCGUUAUUUACGUGAAGUAACAAUUGGUCAAUCGCCCUCCGAGAAAAAUUUCACCCGUAAAACCUCAUUUGCCAUCUCAGUUGCUAGUGAAAUAAUGGCUGUGUUGGCACUUGCUACAGACAUGGAAGAUAUGAAGCAGCGGCUAGCAAACAUGGUAGUGGCAUUCGAUCGCAAGGGUAGGCCUGUGACUGCCGAUGAUCUAGGCGUUACUGGUGCACUAACUGUUCUACUGAAGGAUGCUUUAGAUCCUACUUUAAUGCAAACUUUAGAGGGGACACCUGUUCUCGUACACACUGGUCCAUUUGCAAAUAUUGCGCAUGGAUGUUCCUCAAUUGUUGCUGAUAGAAUCGGCCUGAAAUUGGUGGGUGAAAAAGGUUUCGUUUGUACAGAAGCUGGUUUUGGUUCUGAUAUUGGCAUGGAAAAGUUCUGUAACGUCAAAUGUCGUUCCUCUGGUCUCAAACCAAAUGCAAUGGUGCUAGUAGCUACAGUUCGGGCUCUGAAAAUGCAUGGUGGUGGAGCUGCAGUCACCCCAGGAGCUCCGCUCAAUAAACAAUAUACCGAAGAGAAUUUGGAAUUACUUGAAAAAGGGUUACCUAACCUUCUUCAACACAUUUCCAAUGGUCAGAAAUUCGGUUUCCCAGUUAUAGUAGCCAUUAAUCGCCACACGUCCGACACGGAAGCGGAACACAAUCUCAUAAAGCAAGCUGCUUUGGAAGCCGGUGCAUUUGCAGCCGUCCUAUGUACGCAUUGGAGCGAUGGUGGUGAAGGUGCCUCCGAGCUUGCUGAUGCGGUGAUAAAGGCGUGUGAAGGUCCAAGUGGUUUUAAAUUAUUAUAUGAUAUUAAUUUACCUCUGGAGGAUAAAAUGAAUACAAUUGCACAAAAUAUGUAUGGGGCAGCGAAAGUUGAGUUAACUCCAAAAGCUAUGGAUUCUUUGAAAAAACUGAAUGCUGCUGGUUUCGGUACUUUACCGGUCUGCAUGUCUAAAACUUCCGGCUCAUUAACUGGCGAUGCCGCCAUUAAGGGAGCACCCAAAGGAUUCACUCUCACUGUUCAAGAUAUGUACGUCUCAGCAGGAGCUGGCUUCGUCGUUGCUAUGUGUGGAGAAAUCACUAAAAUGCCUGGUCUUUCAACUCGUCCUGCAAUAUACGACAUUGAUUUAAACACUGAAACUGGAGAAAUUGAAGGAUUGUUCUAAGGGUGGUCACUUCUUAUGUACUAUAAAAUAAAUAAUAUAUAAUUAAUAAAUAAAUGUGUAUACUUACAAGUAUAAAAUGUC